GCCCGCCCCCACCCUCUCUCUUCUUCCUUCACCGCCAUCUUGCGAGUCGCUGUCCUCGCUGCUACACGCGCGCGCGCGCCCCCGUUCGCUGUUGUUUUUUGUUUUCCCUCCUCCGAUUUCGCUCGCAGUUCCUCUUCUUUAUCGCUACCCACAGCAGCCACCACCACCUCUUUCCCUCCCUCGUCAAUUAACACAGCCGCACAAACUAACAUCGUCAACCACACUACGAAACACCACCACCACCAACCCCCCGCCCCCAUACCGCCACACACGCCACCUUUCAAAUAUAAAUUUAACCGAACAAAAACCAUGUCGGGCGUGAUACGUGGGCCUGCCGGCAACAACGACUGCCGCAUCUACGUGGGCAACCUGCCCCCGGACGUUCGCGUGAAGGACAUCGAAGAUUUGUUUUAUAAAUACGGCAAUAUUCGGGACGUGGACCUCAAAAACAGACGCGCUCCGCCAUUUUCCUUCGUCGAGUUCGAGGAUCCGAGGGACGCGGAGGAUGCCGUGCACGGCCGCGAUGGCUAUGACUACGAUGGCUACCGCCUGCGCGUGGAGUUUCCCCGCGGUGGAGGGACCCGCUUCGGAUCGCGGUUCGGGGGGCCCCCACGCGGCCGCUACGGCCCCCCCUCUCACCGCUCCGAGUACCGCGUCAUCGUCACAGGGUUGCCUCCGACAGGCAGCUGGCAGGACCUGAAGGACCACAUGCGCGAGGCGGGAGACGUCUGCUACGCCGACGUGUUUCGCGACGGAACAGGCGUCGUGGAGUACGUGCGCAAGGAGGACAUGAAGUACGCCGUGCGGAAACUCGACGACACCAAGUUCAAAUCGCACGAGGGCGAGACUUCCUACGUCCACGUGCGGAUCGACGGCGGCCGCAGCCCCUCCUACGAGCGCUCCCGCUCGCGCUCCCGCUCGCGCUCGCGCUCCUACUCGCCCAAGCGCAGUCGCGGCUCUCCCCGCUACUCCAACGACCGCUCGCGCUCGCGCUCACGGAGCUGAGCCCGGGGCGCCCUGGGGGGGGAGGGGGGGGAGCGGCGCGCGGAUUGCACCCACCCACAGGCGAGGAAGGGGCGUGAGGUGAGGCAGAGGGGGAGGGCAACGUGGUGGUGGUGGUGGUGGUGGAGGAGGAGGAGGUGGAGGAGGUGGCGCAGCCCCUGGAGUAGCAGACUUCUCCUCUCCCCCCUACACGUGGUUCAUGUGGGCAUCGGGGUGUGGAUGCCGGGGAUUGUGAUGGACGGCGCGCUGGAUGGUACGGCGCUACCUCACCCCUCCUCCCACGCGGCCCCCUACCCCUCCCCCCUCUAAACUCCCCCACCCCCACGCCCCCCCCCUCGUGUCGUGUUAACAUGACACCACCUGAGCAUGGGGAAGGCAGCGCACGAGCGAAGCCCCCCCCCCCCCCUUUUCCAUAGACCCCACCGAUUGCAAAAGGCCCUCCGACGUAAGGUGAACCCCCGCCCCGCCGUGCCGCCGGCGUCUCUCUCUCAUCCCACCACCACGUCUCUCUCAUCCCACCAUGUCAUCUUUCUCAUCCAACCACGUCUCUCGCAUCCCACCACCACUUCUCUCUCAUCCCACCAUGUCAUCUUUCUCAUCCAACCACGUCUCUCGCAUCCCACCACCACUUCUGAUCUGGUCACGUAGGUUAGCAGUGCCCGCCGCUCGUCGCUUAAGUGACACGGGGACCUCAGCGCGGCGCCAGGCCAGGCCAGGCCAGGCCAGGCCAGGCCAGGCCUGGUGCUCUCUCACGCUGACGCCACUGGCGCUGAUGCGAGCGUACUCAACGCUACCGCUUGCAGGCUGAUGACGUGCGAGGGGGGCGGGGCGGGGCGGGGGGGGGGCGUCUUAUAAUCCAGGACAGGCGGUCCGUUGACUUUGCUGGUCGCAGGAGGUGGGGCGAUUGAUUCCUUCCCGCCACUGGGCCAUAAACAAAAAAAAAACACGGUGGCUAUAGCACGCACAGUUUCUUGGUUGUGACGCGGUUGGCGGCGAGGAGGAGGAGGAGGGGGGUGGGGAGAGAGAGACUCUCCCCGCGCUCCAAAUCUAGGGCCCCCCUUUCCCCCCUUUCCCCCGCCCCGCAUCGCGAGAGCGUCAAGCGGCACCGGCGGCUCGCCCCGUCGGUUGCUCGCCUGCGCGCAACCGGACCCGGUUGCUCGCCUGACCGUCGCACGCAAACCGGUGUAUCCCGUCUUUUGGGUGGUGCCCCCCCCGUCCGUCAAUAGUUGCCUUCCCCCGAUGCUCAGAGACGAAGUAAAUUCUGAUUAUUAUUUUUUUUUUAAGUUUUUGUUUUAUUUAUCAACUCGAAAAUUUAAUCUCCCUCUUGUCGGGGGUGGGGGUGUGGGUUGGGGGGGGGGGGUGUUUUGUUAUUUUUUUUACUAGACACUGUUGGCCGGUCUUGGCUUCCGGGAGAUAAUUUUUUUUCUUGUUUUUUACACGCGCGCAGCUUGAAACACAACCCCCCACCACACCCCCACCACACCCUCCCCCCGUACACCGCCCACCCCUCGCCGCCAGACGUCUGCAGCUGUUCUCGCGCCUGCGAUUUGUUAACGGGCCAAAUCUUCGAGGCGUCCUGUUAAUGGCCUCCCCCCCCCCUCCCCUACGGUGGCGAGAUGUUAACCACCUCGCCUGGUACGCAGGAAGGAGGGUCGUGGGUUCGAUCCCGACCCUGACGAUGAGUUUGCAUGUCCCCCCCCCCCCCCCCCUUCUUCCCCCCGUGGUGGUCACGUGGAUUUUACCCCCUCCACAUUUUAGAAUUAACGUCGCGCGUUUUAAGAGCCCCUUUGGCGACUAUAAGUCGAGCUACCAUUUUUUUUAUUGCCCCGGCCGCUUCUGAAGAAGAGCCUAAUUGCUCAGUUGGGGCCUUACAGCUGGUGUAAAAAAAAAAAGUUUAGUGGUUUUUUUUUUUGUGUAGUUUAUAAAUGAAUAAAGUCAUGCUGAGGAAAAUCUUGCCCGGAUGGCUGACGCGGAAGGUGCUGAGCCUCUCGCCGUUGGGGAGGGCUUGCUCGUUUAAAUAUUUAGCAGGGUCUUAACCUUGGCCAAAAAAAAUAAUGAAUUUGUUCAGUUUGAUAUUGUCAUGGUCUAGACCAUCACCACCUUCUUCCCCCCCGACCCACCCCACCCCCUCCCCCCGUUAGCUUUAAGACUCUGGAUCCGUCGUUCGACUCUGAAAAGCCUUGGCAGCUGCUGACGUUUGGUUUUUCCUUUUUCUCCCCCCCAAGACACUCGUGUGACGUCGUCCGCGCUGUUUGUUUAAAUUGUUUUUAGGGGAUGGAUGUCGUGGGGGUGUGGUGGGGGGGGUGGCGGGCGGCAGUAGUCAGGGGGCACCUUCUCCAAGAGCGGUGGCGCUGGGCUUGAGCAGACUCGGCAAAACUAAAAAAAACACAAAAACGAGGGCCUCUCCCCUCCUCCCCAAGCAAGCUGACUUUGACGGUGUCACUCGGGGGUUUACUCUUUAAUUGACGCGGCCGCGUCGCGCAUGAUCUCGUUCAAUUUCUGGUCACAACCACGAGGUCGAUAAUCCCGCCCUCGCGUCCCAAUUAGUCAGUCGCAAUACCCCUAACGAGCUCGUCCGCUUCCGUUCAAGCCGCGUCGUCCUGUCUGCUUCUCUUGUCUCGCCGUCCGUCACCUCUUUCACCACCACGCUUCUCAUGCUGCUGUCUCCAUCCCACCACCACGUCGACUCCCUCUCAUCAUCCCACCACCACGUCAUCUCAUCCCACCGCCACGUUUCUCAGCAUCCCACCACCACGUCUCUCUCUCAUCCCACCACCACGUCAUC